AUGGCGGGCGUGGAGUCAUAUACAAUAUUUUCAUCGGUGUUGGGUGCUGUUGUGAUACUGAUCUCGGUCUUGUCGGUAUACUGGAAGAGACCAAAAGCUUUUAAUGUUCCCACUGUUGGCUUGGACGAAGCAGACAGUAGCACUCUAAAACUACGAUAUGUACAAGAAGCUGAUGCCAUAUUACGUGAAGGGUAUCGAAAGUUCAAGGACAGUAUAUUCCAGGUCUUGACACCCGAUGGACCAAGACUAUUUCUGCCCAGGAAGUAUGCCGUCGACCUCAAACCGUACAAUCGUCGCCAAGCCAGUGGCAUGAAGGCAUUGGCCGAUCGGCUUAUCGGUCACUACACCACCAUAGAUCAUGAGAGUGACGUAAUGCUGGGAGCUAUCAAGAUUGACUUGAACCGAAACUUGGGCAAUUUCGUUGAGGAUGUUCAACAAGAGGUAGAUUGGUGUUUUAACACCAUCUUUCCGCCAUGCGAAGACUGGACACCAAUUGACCUCCAAGAAAAGCUGAAUCGAGUUGUUGCACAAGCUUCAGCUCGCAUCUUUGUUGGACUCCCUCUUUGCCGAAGUGAAGACUGGCUAGAGAGUAGCGUCAAAUUCGCCACAGACGUUAUGGUAGGAGCUGAGAGGCUCAAGCUCUGGCACCCUUGGCUUCGUCCAAUUGCGCAAUUCUUCGUCCCAGAAAUAAAUCGCAUCAAAGGUGACCACAAGCACGCCCAUGACCUGCUGCUACCCGAGCUGGCAAGGCGUGAUGCGGAAGCAGAAAUGUCUACAAAGCGCCCAUACUACGACACCAUCGAAUGGAUGCAGAAGAGGGCGAAGAAGAUUGGGGAGACAUCGUUCGACUCUAAAGAACUUGCCAAGAUACAAAUGCUGACAGCUACUGCGGCCAUCCACACAACAAGACUUGCCAUCACUCAUACAUUGCUGGAUUUGGCAGCCAGGCCAGAAUAUCUAGAGCCACUUCGACAGGAAAUCAGGGAAGUGACCAAGGACCGCCAAGGGCUUCUCCAAAAGCAAGACCUCACACAUCUCAAGAAGUUGGACAGCUUUAUGAAAGAGUCGAUGCGGCACAGUCCUGCAUCCGUCGCCACAUUCCAGCGAAAAGCGUUGGUUCCUAUUGAGCUUUCUAACGGGUUUAACAUCCCGUCAGGGACCAUUGUGCAAUGCAAUACCAACAUUUUCGACGAGUCGCCUGCGGAAUGGGGUGAUCCAAACGAGUUUGACGGUUUUCGCUUUUACAAGUUGCGUAGCACACCAGAGGCGGCAAACAAAUACCAGUUCGCGAGCACCAGUUACGACAGCAUGCAAUUCGGAUUUGGUAACGAUGCUUGCCCUGGCCGAUUCUUUGCCAGCAAUCAGAUCAAGAUCAUUCUUGUGCAUAUUUUGCAAAACUACGAUAUCAAGCUCAAAGAAGGGACCGGUCGACCAAGGAACAUCAUGUUCGAGGUCAACGUCUUGGCCGACCCUACCGUUCCGGUGCUGUUCAAGAAGCUCGUGUAG